AGCAGCGGCCACAGAACAAAAGUACUCCUAGCGGAGGCAGCGGCAUGCAAGAAGAUGAACCGUGAAGUGAAUGCGAACUUUAAUAUAUACGUACCUAGCUAUUUUUGUGUUGGUAUUGGCAGGAGUGCAACUGAACUGAAUGAAAUGUAGUCCUAUUUCCAUAAAUGAAUGAAAUGAAUGGUUAGUAGUUUACAUUGUUAAAACGGAUUUGGUGCGUGGUGAAUUUGUAAUAUUUUUUGAAAUUGUUUUUAUUGUAAAUAUCUUCUCUCGUUGCAUUGGAUUACAUUUGCACUAAACCGUUUAUAUUCAUAAUAAAACUACCUUGGAAACAGAAUCACAAUAUAUAAUUAAUAAUUGCAUUCUGAGUGCACAUCUAGGUAUUCAUUUCAAAAAUACUAGCCCAAGUUUGAAAUCGUUUUCAUUGGAAAAUGGAAUUAGAUUAUUAUACAGUUACUUCUGAACUAGAUGCAAGGGAAGUAUUGCGAUAUCUUAACCAUUUAGGCAUACGUAAUAUCAGCGGCGAAGUUUUGAAAUAUUUCAUAUCAGAUCUUAAAAAACUUAUCAAAUAUGACUUACAGCAGAAAGAAAAUUUGGGCAAUGACAAACAAAUUUAUACAAUAGGCCCAGAAAGACUGCAUAGUGCUACCACAUUUUCGUCAAGGAGGCGGUCAAAGGCCAAUGAAGAAGUUUCCAUGUGUUGUAGCAGAGAAUGUGCAAAUCAUAAAUUUAAACAUAUCAAUAGAUUGACACAUUCCACUCCCAAUAUACCUCGAAAAGUGGAAACUACAAAUAUUAAACCACUUCGAAGAGCAUGCUCUUGUGUCAGAGCUGAAAAGAAGUCUGAGGCCAAGGAAACAACUCCAACUGCUGUAACUAGCUGUUCCAAAAACUUAAUUAAGGUUCAGAAGCCACCUGCUAAGAAGAAAUGUGACCCUGUAUCUUUAUACCACUACUAUACUUCUCUAUGGGCCAAGUACAAACCCAAUGUCCCUGGAGAAAAUGACUGGUCAGAGUUAAGAUGGCAUGUCCGACAGAAAAUGGCAGGCAAUAUUGUGAAGCCUGUUCAGAGUAAAGCUGCCGAGGUUUAAGACUAACCCCUUGACAAUAAUUGAUGUUUCCAGUUCUGUGAUAAGGAAGUAAAUAAAAUUACAUUUUUUAAUAUAA